AUGAAUGGAGCUGUGGAAGCUGCCAAUAAGAACAUCAAGAGGCUAUUGAGAAAGAUGAUUGACAACUACAAAUUAUACGGAACAGAGGCAGUGAUACCGGCUGAAGUUGAGAUAUCGUCUUUGAGGAUUAUUCAGGAAGCUGGACUGAGCGAUGCCGAAUGGGUUCGUGAUCGACAUGAGCAGUUAACAUUGAUUGAUGAGAAAAGAAUGAGUGUCGUUUGUCAUGGCCAGUUGUAUCAACAGAGAAUGAUUCGUGCUUUCAACAAGAAAGUAAGAGUUCAAACAUUUGAGGUAGGUAAAUUGGUGUUGAAGCACAUUUUCCCUUAUCAAGAGGAAUAUAAAGGGAAAUUUGCACCUAACUGGCAAGGACCGUAUGUUGUCCACAAAGUACUGUCAAGAGGAGCUUUGGUCCUAGCAGAGAUGGACGGUAGAGUAUGA